GUCGGGAGUUAGGGACGGCUGUCAGUCACCUUGUGGGUGGUGGGAACUGAACCCGGGUCUUUCGGAAUAACGGCUGAGCCACCCUCCCCAGCUCCGACCUGGAGGCCGGGCGGGCGCCUCUGGGGAGCGCGUUCGCGCCCGCGACCUUCCUUUGACUCUGACCACGCGGCUUCCGGCAGCAGAUGCCACGUUCCGUGCGGUGGCCGAGGGCGAAGCUGUGAACUACAGCCAAUGAGGCGCCGGCGGGGGCGGGCCCGGCGUGAGAACGCACCCCUGAUUGGCCAGCGGGGCUCGGCAAAUGGCGGAGGCGCUGAGGCGGGUGCUGAACGCAGGCCGCGCGGCCGGGCCCGGGGUGGAUGGAGCGGCCGGGCCGCCUUUGCUGCUGCUAGGCGCUCCGCGCUCGGCGCAGACGUCGCUGCUGUUUGCGGCGGCCCUUGAGGCGGCGGGGGAAGGCCGCGGGCCUGUGCUCUUCCUGACGCGGAGGCCGCUUCAGAGCCUGCCGCUCAACACACCCGCGGCGCGGGACCACUGGCGGCUGCAGAUUCGAUUCCAGUACCCAUCCUCAGUUCCAGAGCUUCUCCAGCUGCUGGCCUCUGCCCACGAGGCCCCCGGGCCUGCGCCAUCCCUUCUGCUGCUGGACGGCCUGGAAGAAUACCUGGCAGAGGAUUCGGGGGCCCAGGAGGCCGCCUACGUGGCUGCAUUGCUUCUGGAUACUGCUGCCUACUUUAGCGGCCGUCUGGGAGCCAGUGGCAGCUGUGGGCUUGUGGUGGCCCUUGAGACCCCAAAAGAAGGAGACGGUGAUGCCCCCCAUCUCACGUUGCUUCAGCGGUAUUUUCCUGCACAGUGCUGGCUGCAGCCAGAUGCCCUAGGCUUGGGACAGCAACACUGCCUUCGAGCCAGCCUGGAGUCGGGCCAGCUGAGCCCCAGGGUGGAGUGGUCAGUGACCUUCUUACCCAAUGGAGAGAUGGCAGUCACCCCCUGGCCUCCACAGGCGUCAAAGCCCAGCCCAGAUAAAACAAGUCCAAGUGCUGGAAGCCAGUCAUCAACUUUGGUGUGUGACAACCUCUCUGGUCCUCAGUUUCCCUUGGAUAGCAUACUUACUUCAGAGACAGGCGCAGAUUCAAAGACCUGAAAAGUGUAGGUUUUUUUCUUUGUAAACUAGGUUGUUGGGGGCUGGCAAGGUGACUCGGUAGUUAAGGGGCCUUGCCAAGAAGCAUGAUGGCCUGGCUUUGAUUCCCGGGACCCACAUGGUAGAAAUCUUGACCUGACUCCUGCAGGUUUGUCCUCUGACCUCCACAUUUGGGUAGAGGCAAACACAUGCCCUCCAUGCUAAUAAUAAUAAAUAAUAAAGGGCUGGAGAGAUGGCUCAGAGGUUAAGAGCACUGACUACUCUUCCAGAGGCCCUGAGUUUAAUUCCCAGCAACCACGUGGUGGCUCACAACCAUCUGUAAUGAGAUCUGAUGCCCUCUUCUGGCCUGCAGUCAUACAUGCUGUAUACAUAAUAAAUAAAUAAAUAAAUCUUUAAAAAAAAUAAAUAACAAAACCUUUAAAAUAAGUAAAUAUGGUUAUCGGAGGCUUCCUUUGCCCACUGGCCAUGAGAUUCUGCCAUGUUUCCUAGCUCAUUUCUUUUUACCUGUUUCAUUCUUUGCCCAGAUAAGAUCUCAUGUAAUUCAGGUUAGUCUCAGACUAAAUACCUAGCUGAGGCUGUCCUUGAACUCCUAAUAUCUUUUUUUUAAGAUUUAUUUAUUUAUUUUAUGUAGAUGACUGCUCUGUCUGCAUAUACAACUUUAUGCCGGAAGAGGGCAUCAGAUUCUACUAGAGAUGGUUGUGAGCCACCAUGUGGGUGCUGAAAAUGGAACUCAGGACCUCUGGAAGAACAGCCAGUGCUCUUAACCGCUGAGCCAUCUCUCCAGCCCGAACUCCUGAUAUCUUGAGGGCAGGGCCUGUGGAGUGUGCUCCCAUACUUGGUUCCUCUUGUAUAUCCAUGGGGGGCUGUAUCCCAGUUACCUCAGCUUGUAUACUGUUAGGGACCUAGUCCUACGCAUGACCUUACACGUGUGUUUAGGGUGUACGAUUGGGAGUGGAAUCACUCUGUAUAGAGUUUGCAUGCAUUUAGCUUUCUUUUCUUUGUUUUUUAAUGUAUUUAUUAUGUAUACAGUGUUCUACUUGCAUAUAUCCCUUCAGGCCAGAAGAGGGCACCAGAUCUCAUUACAGAUGGCUGUGAGCCACGAUGUGGUUGCUGGGAAUUGAACUCAGGACCUCUGGAAGAACAACCAGUGCUCUUAACCUCUGAGCCAUCUCUCCAGCCCCGCAUUUAGCUUUCUUAAGACAUACAUUUUAAAGUCACUAAACUGAAUUUGAGCAUGGUGGUAUGGUAAGGCCAGCUUUGGGGCGUAGAGGUAGGCGGUCACAGUGCAAGGUUGUCCUUGGCUACAGAAGGUGUUGGAAGCCACUCUGGCCUACACUAGACCCUGUCUCAAAAAACCAAAGUGGGUCAGGCCUUUAAUCCUAGCCAGGAGCAGGCAGAUCUGUCUGUAUGUGUUUAAGAACAGCCUGGUCUCUAUGGAAUGUUCCAGGCCAACCAUAGGGCUACAUAGUGAGACUGUCUCAAAAGCAAACAAAAAUAUUAGGGAGCUGGAGAGAAGGCUCCAUGAUUAAGCAUUCUCCCUCAGGACCAGGGCUCAGUUCGCAGCAUCCAUGUCAGACGCAACCAUUUGCAACUACAGAUCCAGGGGAUCUGAUGCCCUCCUUUCAGCCUCUUUGGGCACUAGACAUGAAGUGAACAUGUGUGAGCAGAACACUCUUACACGUGAAAUAAAAGUCCAUAAUUUUUGUUUUUUUCAAGACAGGGUUUCUCUGUGUAGUUUUGGUGCCUGUCCUGGAUCUCACUCUAGACCAGGCUGGCCUCAAACUCGCAGAGAUCCGCCUGGGUCUGCCUCCCGAAUGCUGGGAUUAAAGGCGUGCGCCUCCACUGCCCAGCCUAGGUACAUAAAUCUUAAAAAAAAAAAAAAAAAAAAAAUCUUGGAGGUAAGCGCAAGCCCCAGGGUGUAGUAAAUAAUUCACUCUGCAAUGGAAGCUCCUUAAGCUCAGAAGUCAACAUCUCAGAGGCUUCAGGAAGUCCCUGAAACUCGCAGACAAGCUGAGCUGCUUGGAAAGGACGCUCUCCGUGUGCAGCUGCCUGCAGGCUGUGCAGUGUGCUCAGGUUCCCAGCUUUGUGAGAUGUCGCCGUGCUGGUGAUGCAGCUGAGUCAUUUCCACUCCUGCAAGUAACCCCUCACCCAUAUUAUAGCUCCAGUAAAACCCGUCGGUUCGCCAAACUGGA